GCUAGCUGUCAGGCAGGCGUGGAUCGCGAUGGGAGCUGGAGUCGCUUGGGUUAUGGGUGCUUGGUGGGGUGUUUUCCUCCUCUGCCGUCGGGGCCAGGGUGAGGACCAGGUCCCGGGGCUGGAUCGCUCAACCUCUGCCCACUGCGGGCCAGGAGAAUUCCUGCACCAGGAGGCCAACGUCCUACGCUGCUGUAGCCUGUGCAACUCGAGUAAGGCAUGCCCAUCUCAUCAGCUGAGGGUCUGCACCUGUGCCAUACCUGGAGAGUUCUGUGAGGAUUCUGAAUGUAAAAGCUGCACGAAGCAUACGUGCUACCCCGGCCAACAGGUCCUCAUCCACGGGAGGUUUGUUUUCGGCUUCACUUGCAAGGACUGUGAAGAUGGAACCUACUCGGAUGGCAUUGAUGGCAAAUGUCUGCCCUGGACUGAUUGUGCCAGGGAGGGAUUUCUCACAGUCCGUCCAGGAAACAGAACCCACAACGUGCUGUGUGGCAUGGCUCCGCUUUCAGGAACAGGCCUCUCCAAUUCCUACAGCAUCCCCGUGGCCAUCCUGACAGGCUUAGCUACGAUUACCUUUGUGCUUGUCAUUAUCCAGCUGGUCCUCCACAUCUUGUGGGUGAGAAAGGAACCCUUCACCAAGGACAGAGAGGCCACCUUGCCCCUGGGGCCUGGACCCCCUGAUGAUAUCUGCAACUGCCCUUUCCCAGAGGAGGAGCGGGGGGAGAAGACAGCAGAGGACAAGACCCAGAUGGGUCAUCUGUGGGCAUAAAGGAGUUCGCCUGACUCAAGCCUGCCACAGUCCGGAACUUUAAAGGGGAUACCCCAGAGACACAAGGACAGAGGCCAGCUUCCUGUCUCGCGGUGCUGUCUUCUCUCCUACCUGAAGCUGCAGCUUGUUCUGCCUGAGGCCCGGGUCAGCGCACCCCAACUAAGAGCCCUUAGAAUGUGAGAUGGUUGAAAGGCCAAGUGGAAACUGAGCCAUUACUCUGGAUCUGGGCCCAAGCCUGGAGCUUCACAAAGGCAGCAUCAGAAUUGGGGGGAUUGGUGUGUCAACACCCCAUUCAGACCCCGGCACUCAAGAAGAGGAAAAGAAGGAGGAGAAAGGGGAGAACCAGCCCUCUGGCAACUUAGACUGAAUAUAUCAACUCCCCAGAGGGGACAUGGGGCAGGACCCCAGGGGGCUGGACCCCAGACCUGGUAUUUCUUCUCCUACCUCUGGACCUUUGCCUAGGCUGUUCUCCUAUGCCUGGAACAUUCUUCUACCUUUCAGAAUCCCUUUUAUUAUUGUUUUCAAUCAAUUAGUCAUGUCCAA